AUGUUGUCUCUGGCACUGCUCUACAUUUUGGCUGUGGUUUGCUCUGUGCAUAGAACUAAUGCACUGCCUUUAUACUCAGACACUGUACUGCCACAACAGGAAGAACUAAUUCAGAAACUAGUUGAAGAGGUUGAGCAGGGACAGAGUAAUGACAUCAAAAAUGUGCUCCCUGUCCUAAUUCAGAGAGGUGAAAAAGAGACUUUGCAGCAAGAGAAAAUAACUAACAUGGUGGAUGACUUAAAAGCAGUCAUCUUGAAACUAGCGGCAGCUGAUAACUUGCGUUCUCAAGGAUAUGUGCGAUCUGAGCAAAACUUGCCCAAAAACAAUAAGAGAGCCUGUUUCUGGAAGUAUUGUGUGACAAACUGAGUUAUUCCCAUGGGAUGAAAGAGGACCAGCCUAUCCUUUUCUUACCUGAAAACGAUCUAUUGUCUCCCCCGAUAAAUAUCCAUCCAACUACCCUUUGACAUUGUGUAUAUUGCA